CCUUGUACUCUGCAUGCCCUGGUUUCACUGCGAUCGCAUACGAUGGGACAGUCUGCCAGCCAUUCCUUUUUCUUUGCUAAUAAGCUGGGAGAGCUGCCGCCUGCGCCUCAUUCUUCGAGUCCUAUCAAGCCACUUUGUUCCCUGCUUCUCAUAAGUACCGUUAUCCCUCGUUCCCUUGCUCAAGUCCUUCGGUAGUUUCGACACGUCUUUCACAACUUAUAUAUAAUCACGUUCUAUUGAAGAGAUCCUCUUCCAGUAUUCACAAUGGCAGAACAACAGAACAAGCCUCUCCAUGAGCUUCUGUCUCAUGACAUGGUCGACAUCUACGUCGGCCCAGAGAACAACAAAUGGACCCUCCAUGAGAAACUGUUAUGUUACCGCUCGAAAUUCUUCAGAAACAUCUUCUACAGCAAGGAGAACAAGAACCGUCAAUUUGGGCUUCCGGAUGAAGAGGAUGAGCCUUUCCGCCUGUUCGUUGGCUGGCUUUACAGCGCCCACACUCCUACACCUAAGGAGGAGAAGGAUCUUACCGUUUUGCUGGAUCUGUACUUGAUGGCCGAGAAGUGGGAAAUCCGCGAUCUUACCCUCGAAGUCCUCAAGAGCGUUCGCAACUGGUACAAGGAAUCCAACACUUACCCUGCCCUCCGCCGCGUUCAAUACAUCUACGCCAACACCGAUCUUGAAUCUCCAAUGCGCCAGCUUCUCAUCAGCAGUGUUGCCAGAAAUCUCGUCACCAGCGAGUCGGGCAUGCCACCUCAAUGGGACAAGGCUCUCAGAAAGAAUGGCCAGCUUGCUGUCGACAUUAUUAUCGCUAUGCAGAAGUGGAACCUUGAGAAGGAGAGCAUCCCUGACCCGAGACAGGAUUCGGUCAAGCCUAUUCUGGAGGACUCUGAGCAGGCUAGAGCUGAGAAGAAGGAGGGAAAGCAAGAUGAGGAUCAGAACAGCGAGGAGAACAAUGACGACGCUGAAGAGGGUGAACAAGAUGAGGCUGAGCAAGAGGAAGGUGAGGACAACGAGGAGGGCGAGGAGGGCGAGCAGGAGCCCGAGGAGUCGCAAGACAUUUAAUAUUUUCUGGAUAAUCGGGUAAUUUACGAAUUGGAUAAUGUCUUCCAAUCUUGAAGCUCUCUUUGCGAGCUCAACAACACGUG